ACUGGACACGUUGACACGUGAUGGUAUUUAGGUGUGUCUAAGCGUAUCCGGAGAAGAAUUUUUUACUUUUUAUUAAGGCACGGUUGGACACCGCAGACACGUGUGUUGGACGAGUGUCGUGUCCGAAAUGUGUCCGAAAACUCAACAAAGUGUCCGUACUUCAUAGCUUCUUAGUGUUUCAUAAUUUUAACGAAGGAUGAUUUAUUUGUUAAAAUUUUUGUUGGCCCAUGUAAUAAGUAGUUAUAUAUAUUUUUUCAAUAACAUUUGAAUUCUAGCUUGUACUAGUUUGGUUACUCAUUUCCAUUUAUUGCAAGGACUUAGAAGGACAUGAUGAAGCGUACAAGUACAACCUGAAAUUGAUUUUGUCAUUUGCUACCUACGUCUUUACGAAAGAAGGGAAAUGAAAUCUCAAGCCGAUAGUUUUACUUGAAUAUAUAUAUAUAUAUAUAUGCACACUUCAAGUAGCAUCUGCAUCAGCAGAACACUGUACGAAGAGCAUGGCCAGUAACAAAGGUCAAGAUUACAAUCCAAAUCAAAGGCAGCUACAAAGGAAGACCCAACAGCUAUCAGAAACAUAUAACCAUCAGCUAAGAACAACUAUAAGAAAACAUCUGGUUCUAUGAACCCGUAUAACUACGCAAACUUUGUAUGAUCCCUCCAUAUUCCUUUCAAAAACUAACUUCCAUUUUCAUCUUCAUCAAUUCUUCUAGCUCCCCUCCUCAUUCUUAUAUUUUAAAUUUUAAUUACUUCACACAUGUUAAUCACUUCAGUGCAUAUCCAAGUUCCAGAGCUAAUGUUGUUCGCAUAUAUAUUUCAAAAACGCUCUUGCAUCCCAGAAAUCACACAUAAUCAUUGCCUUUUCAUUUUCUCCUUAAAUAUUGCGUCAUUUCUUGUCAUCCAGAUUGACCAUAACACUGCAAAGAAAGCAACACUCCAUUUCUCUCGUCUCCAUUUUGGCAUCAUCGAUUGAGUUCCAAGGUUUGAAGCCACUCACCCCAAAGUUUCCAUGAAAACCUGCAAUUGAUAAAUAAGUUUUCUAACCCAUCCUUCUUCAUUGCUGCACAAGACACAUACCCAAAUCUCUACUUAUAUAAUAUUCAAUUAUUCAUCCUGCAAAGGCUCUCUUUAGUGUUCACAAUUCCUACGUGUACAAACUAUGCAAACGUCUUAAUUUUCAGUCAUGUGAAACUAUAGCUUGUAAUGUCCUCGGUGAUCUGAUCCUCUUGGAAAGCGCAUGUUUGGUUUACAUGUCACUAGUUAGUUUAACAGUUAAACUAGAAGCUUCACAACAUGGAGUGUAAUUUGUCCAGCUUUUCAAAAUACGUGUCAUGCAGGGCCAGGUAAUUUAUUCUACUCGAUAGGCUUUUUUUUUCGCAAUCUUGAUAUAAAUCAAUCUUAUACUUCCUUUUCUUUGGGUCAAACAAUGUUUACUUUUUGUUAUUAGAAAACGUCCAAUUUUUUUUAUUAAUUGCAAGUUUUUAUUUUUAUUAGAAAUGCGGCAAAUGAAGUUCUUUUAGAAAAUGUUAACCAACGUAAGAUGUAUUUAUUUAUUAGCAGCUAAUAAACAUACAUGGAACAUUCAAUUAUAGGGUAAAUGUAACGCUUGCAGGUGUUACUAUUAGUAAUUAGCAUGGUACACUUCAAUUUUAUUUAACUCACCCUUUUUAAGCUUCUUCUAACACAUACCCUCUUGUGUUUAUUGUCAACCAAUUUGAUGCGGAAUAGUAACAUGGAAACUUGGUUCAUCUUUGUUAUGCUCUUUCUUUGUGUCUCAAUAAUCAUCAAACGCAUACUUUACCUUGUGUUUCCACGGUAUCCCCUCCCUCCGGGGCCUCCAAAAGUGCCUAUCAUAGGUAACUUCAAAUUACUCCAACGAUUCAAUAAAGAUCCUAAGACUGUUCUUGAGAAACUUCACGCCAAAUAUGGUCCAAUCUUUUCUUUUCAAAUGGGCUCUCAUACCGACAUUUUCAUUGCCAAUCGAUUCCUUGCGCACCAAGCAUUGAUCCAAAAUGGCAGUACCUUUGCGGACCGCCCUGUUGCUGUUCCUACCAAGAAAAUCAUUAGCAGCAAUCAAAAUGACAUCCUUUUUAGCUUCUAUGGUCCUGUAUGGCGCGCUCUCCGGCGAAACCUCACUUCAAAUAUCCUCCACCCUUCACAGGUCAAGUCCUAUGCAAAUGCACGCAAAUGGGUUUUAGAUAUGCUUCUUGAUCGAUUAAAACCUGAGUCGGGGGCAAGCAACCCCAUAAGGGUCAUUGAUCAUUUUCAAUAUAGCAUGUUUUGCUUGCUCAGUUUUAUGUGUUUUGGUGACAAGCUUGAUGAGAAGCAAAUUAGGGAAAUCGAGGAUAGUCUACGCACCAUGCUCUUGAGCUUUACUAAGUACAAUGUCUUGAAUUUUUGGCCAACAAUCACAAGGAUAUUGUUUUGGAAGAGAUGGAAGGAAUUCUUACAGCUAAGAAGAGACCUAGAAGCCUUGUUGAUUCCUUAUAUUGACGCUCGAAAGAAAGCCAAGCAAGAGAGACUUAGCAAGGAUGGCAAAGAGGACAACAUAAAUGAGUUUGUUUUGUGCUAUGUGGAUACUUUGUUGAAUUUGCGACUCGUGGAGGAAGAUGAAGGGAGCAAGCUUGAUUAUGGGAAUAUUUGCACAUUAUGCUCGGAGUUUCUAAACGCAGGAACAGAUACUACUUCGACGGCAUUGGAAUGGAUCAUGGCAAAUUUGGUGAAGUACCCUCAAAUCCAAGAAAGACUUGUGGAGGAAAUUAGAGAGGUCAUGGUUGAAGGAGAGAACGAGGUGAAGGAGGAACAUUUGCCAAAAUUGCCAUAUCUAAAGUCUGUGAUUUUGGAGGGUCUACGACGCCAUCCACCGCUACACUAUGUGGCUCCUCAUAGAGUAACCAAGGAUGUGGUUCUGGAUGGUUAUUUGGUUCCUACCACUGCCUCUGUAAAUUUCUUUGUGGCUGAGAUAGGUAGGGACCCUACAGCUUGGGAUGACCCUAUGGCCUUUAAGCCAGAGAGGUUCAUGGACAAUGGAGGAACAACUUUUGAUAUAAUGGGAAGUAAAGAGAUAAACAUGAUGCCAUUUGGUGCUGGGAGGAGAAUGUGCCCUGGAUAUGGUUUAGCAAUUCUCCACUUGGAGUAUUUUGUGGCCAAUUUAGUUUGGAAUUUUGAGUGGAAGGCUAUGAGUGGAGAUGACAUUGAUAUGUCAGAGAAGCUGUUAUUCACAACUGUGAUGAAGAAUCCCUUAAAGGUUCAUAUAUUGCCUAGGAAAUAAUUAGCAUCAAUUAUUAGUUCCAUUGUUCUUAAUACAAAAGUCUAUAUAUUCUUCCCCUCUUUUUAUGCUUUUUCCUAGCUAUCAAUGACUUCUACAUUGAUCCCACCAGCAACA